CCGCCGCCCCCCCCCUCCGCAUCCUUGCCCAGACUGCCCUCCCUCCUUCCUUUUGCAGUCAGCUGAGAAGCCAAACCGGAGUGCAGUUUUGUGCGGGGUUUUGAGCCGAGCAGCAGCAGGAAAAGGAGAAAAGGGGAAACCAGACGUGGGGAUUCCUCCCCACACAAAUACCUCAAGAAGAAGAACAAGAGAGGGACGUCAUGGCACCAGCUGGGCUUAAGGCUGUGGUGGGAGAAAAUUUCCUGAGCUGAAAGCAGAGAGAAGGAGAGGGAGAGAGUGUGAAUGUGUGUCCUGAGCAAUGCUGCAAUGCAGUUCUGAGGAUCAAGAGCAUGGCACAAGAAACGGCUGAGAGGGCCAAAUUGUGCUUUGCUGCAGAAGGAUGGAGAGAAAUUAUGGCUGAUGUGAUCAAAAAGGUGAAGAAGAAGGGGGAAUGGAAGGUGCUGGUGGUGGAUCAGCUGAGUAUGCGUAUGCUUUCUUCCUGCUGCAAAAUGACUGAUAUCAUGACUGAGGGCAUAACAAUUGUGGAAGACAUCAACAAGCGCCGGGAGCCACUGCCCAGCCUGGAGGCUGUGUACCUCAUCACCCCAUCAGAGAAAUCUGUUGAGUCUCUCAUUGGUGAUUUCAAGGAACCACCGAAUGCCAAGUAUCGAGCUGCCCAUGUCUUCUUUACUGACUCUUGCCCUGAUUCCUUGUUUAAUGAGCUGGUCAAGUCCCGUGCUGCGAAAGUCAUCAAGACUCUGACAGAGAUCAACAUUGCUUUCCUGCCCUAUGAGUCUCAAGUUUACUCCCUGGACUCUGCUGACUCUUUCCAGAGCUUCUACAGCCCUCACAAGGCCCAGAUGAAAAACCCGAUCUUGGAGCGCCUGGCAGAGCAGAUUGCCACCCUUUGUGCCACCCUGAAGGAAUACCCUGCUGUCCGAUACAGAGGGGAUUACAAAGACAAUGCCAUGUUGGCCCAGCUGAUCCAGGACAAACUUGAUGCAUACAAGGCUGAUGACCCAACCAUGGGUGAGGGUCCAGACAAAGCCCGCUCCCAGCUCGUCAUCCUGGACCGCGGCUUUGACCCCAGCUCUCCAGUGCUACAUGAACUGACAUUCCAAGCCAUGAGCUAUGAUCUGCUUCCCAUUGAGAAUGACGUCUACAAGUAUGAGACAAGUGGCAUUGGGGAGGCCCGUGUCAAAGAGGUUCUGCUGGAUGAAGACGAUGACCUCUGGGUCACCUUGCGCCAUAAACACAUUGCUGAAGUCUCCCAGGAGGUCACCCGCUCUCUGAAGGACUUCUCUUCCAGUAAAAGGAUGAAUACGGGUGAUAAGACAACCAUGAGGGAUCUCUCCCAGAUGCUGAAAAAGAUGCCCCAGUAUCAGAAGGAGCUGAGCAAGUACUCCACUCACCUUCACCUGGCCGAAGAUUGCAUGAAACACUACCAAGGCACUGUGGACAAGCUCUGCCGAGUUGAACAGGACCUGGCCAUGGGAACCGAUGCAGAGGGGGAGAAAAUAAAGGACCCAAUGAGGGCUAUUGUCCCCAUCCUGCUUGAUGCAAAUGUCAGCACUUAUGACAAGAUCCGUAUCAUCCUGCUCUAUAUCUUCCUGAAGAAUGGCAUCACUGAGGAAAAUCUCAACAAGCUGAUUCAACAUGCUCAGAUUCCACCUGAAGACAGUGAGAUCAUCACCAAUAUGGCCCACCUUGGAGUACCCAUCAUCACAGAUUCUACCUUACGCCGCAGAAGCAAGCCUGAGCGGAAGGAGCGAAUCAGCGAGCAGACCUACCAGCUGUCUCGAUGGACCCCAGUGGUAAAGGAUAUUAUGGAGGAUGCCAUUGAGGACAAACUGGACACCAAACACUACCCUUACAUCUCCACCCGAUCCUCUGCUUCCUUCAGCACUACAGCGGUCAGUGCCCGCUAUGGACACUGGCACAAGAACAAGGCUCCUGGGGAGUACAGGAGUGGCCCCCGCCUCAUCAUUUUCAUCCUGGGGGGUGUGGGCCUGAAUGAGAUGCGCUGCGCUUAUGAGGUGACUCAAGCCAGUGGGAAGUGGGAGGUGCUAAUAGGCUCUACUCACGUCCUCACCCCACAGAAACUGCUGGACACUCUGAAGAAACUGAAUAAAACGGAUGAAGAAAUUAGCAGUUAAACAGACACACACACACACACACCCCAACACACACACCCUUCCCUCUUUCUCUCCUCCCCCAUUUCCUGCCCUUCCCUCCUUGACACCAUCAUCAAAAAAGCAGUGACAAGACAUUUGGGGCAUCCCAUUUCCUUCCAGCUCUGGGGUGAUCCUUGCCCCACUUAAAUUUGUUGACUGGUUCCAUUUCACCUUCUUCUUAUUCGUCUUGGUUUCCCCUUCCAUCCUACAUUUGAAACGAAGGUAAAUAAGAGAAGGGUUUGGGGUGGGGGAAAUUGCAUUGUCUCUAAGGCAGAGAAAAGAAAAAGAAAGAAAGAAAAGAAAAAUAAUAUAUUCUAUAAUAUAGAUAUUAUCUCCAUAUGUGUCCUCCAAAAUAAACCACCAAAAACUAAACUUCCAUCAUUUCAUCCUUGGCGAUUAUAUGACGACGAUGCUGAUAAUAUUUUUUUUUUUUAAUGAUGAUGUCCUUUUAGUUCUGGUUUUAGUUUUCUGCCCGGAUGGACGAAUGCUUGUGACUUAUUUAUGGCUAUGUGAUCUUGUACCUAACCUCAGAUGCAAACUGUGAAAGGAAUGCUCUUCUUCCCCCCAACUGUGUAUUGGGAUUUUUGCUUGCGUUUUGGAAAUAACUGUCAUUUGACCUUCCUUGUCCCCCCUCGUCCCCCCUGCUGCUGCUGCUACUGCUGUUGUUGUUGAGAUUGUCCUCUCAAUUUUCAUAUUUAUUUAGUUUAUCAGUGUGUAGGUGGUUGGUGCAUUUCUGGGUUGUUUUUUUUUAAAAUUGCUUCACCCCUGACCUUUUCCAACUUUUUUGGAGCAAUAUUUUAAAUGGCGUGUUUGUGGUUUGCAAUUCCAGCAUGUCUGGAUCAAUCUUCCUUAUUAGAUCUUCUUUGUCCCACCCAGGAAUGAUGAUUUAUUUCAACACAAGCAUAUUUGGAGACCAACCCCUGGUUUUUAAUUGGUUUGAAACACGUUGGCAAAUGUUAUGUUUUAUUCUUUAGGAAGGAGCUUUAUUUUAGCACUUUGGUGAUACCUUUAACGAGGCAGAGUUCGCUUGUGAAUUCUGUAAUAUUAUUUAUCACAUUCUUCCACCUGAGGGCCCAGGGCUGUCUCUCCAAUUUUAUCUCCACAACAACACUGUGAGGAAGGUCUGUCUUACUCAUGGUGAGAAACUCAACAUCACUCAAUAAGAUUGUGGUUGACUGGGGAUACGAACUCUAGCGCUUUAACAUCUAGACCACAGUAUGUCUCUGAUUUCACGGUUCAAUGAAUAGCAGGCAGGAUUUUCUGGUUCUGGGAUGCUUCCUCUUACCGGCUUCCAGAAGGCAGGCCCUGGUUGGGCAGGAUCUAUCGGGAUCUCCAGACUUUUCUGGCCCAUGAAAGCAUAAGGCAACAGCUAGCAACGGUGUAUUCAUUCAAUAGACUUUGUUCUGGUUUGGGAGUCAAUUUCCUUUCAGUAGUUUGCUGAGAGCAAAGUUGUAUUGAAACCACAAUUCCCGUGAUUCUCUGGAGGCGGCCGCAGCUCAUGUAAAGUGAUACGCUGUGUAGUAUAGUCAGCUUGUUUCCUCUGUCCUUCUAGCUUUGCCCCCUGUACUCUUGCAAGCACAUGUCUAGAGUCCCUGGAAUCUGCAUUCCUUAACGCAGACUCUAGAGAAGCUGACGUCAGUUUGAAAGAGAGUUUGCUGCUUGUGGGAUGUAAGCUACACAUCCUGUGCAUCCCACUUUUGCUUCUAGCUUGGCAGAUUCACACAUUGCUGUGUGGGGCAGAGAGGCCUACUUUCUUUGCACCGCUCUUUUAAUCAUAUUUUAUCUGUCUCCAACCCGACUGUCCUGCCCACAAAGCAGAAAUCUGCAUUGUGCUGCAUUGAAUUGACAUUCCUGGACUACAACUCCCAUCACCAUGCUGGCUGGGGCUGAUGGGAGUUUGCAUCCAACAGCACAUCUGCGGCCCCUGUAAUAAGCAAUGUUGGCACUUCCUUGCUUUGCCUACUAAGGAAGGAGGAGACUCCAAGACUACACAGCUUUCUCUUUUCAGUGACAGAUGACAGAUUGGCUGGGUGGUGUAGAUGUACACUGCAUGGUGUAGAUUGCAUGAUGCUGAAUGUGUCAGCUGUUGUGAAUCAUUUAAUCCCUCCCAUUUGUGUGACUUGAGGGAGCUCAAGUGGCUUGAAAACUGUCAGGAAGGGGAAAUACAUUUUUGAGAGAAUGAUGAAAGAUCACUGCCCCGGGCAAAGACAAAGUGACCAGGAUCUUUGCUGUGAAAACUAGAGGCUGUAUCCAAUGUUAGUCCUACACAGAGUACACAGAGUAGACCCAUUAAACCUGGUGGCAUGACCAACCUAGGUACAUUCCUUUUAAUGGAUCUCCUCUGUGUGGGACUUAGAUGCUUCCCACAGACAUCAUUUCUGGCCCCACAGCACUCCCUUGUGGUUGUUCUCCAACAAAGAAUAUACCAUUGAGCUUUAAAUGGGCUUAAAAGCUUCCUCAGCUCUGGGCUGGAUUGUACCCAAUUUCUUCCUGGCUUGUUUAGGAGCAAAAAUAAAAAAUAAACACAUGACAUAUUUCAGGAUUGAACUGGAAGUAGCAAUACGGAUUUGGGAAAUGACACAAUCAACCAGGCAGCCACAGUUUAAGUGCUUCUAUGUCUAUUGAGCUAAUAUGGGAUUCGAGUGAGCAACAUUACUAUCCUAUUUAACAUAGUGACUGAAGAUAGUGUGGACUACAAUGACCAUCAGCCCACAGUGGUUGUGGGGAGCUGAUUGGAACUGUAGCCCACAAUAUACAGUCUACAACAUCCGUCUUCCUGUGUUGUUGGGAAAUGUAGUCCCCACAGUCUGUGGGGCGUCAUGUUGACUAAAGCUCAAGCUUAACCUCAGCUGGAGCGUCUAGUUUCUCCUGCCGUCAACAAUGACAUUUCUCGUCAUCAAAUUUUGCCCUGCACCCUUUGGAUUCCUUCCCCCUUUCUAUCUCUCAUCAUCCAGUAGUGAAACAUUGCUGGCUGUGGCAAGCGCCAAAAAUCCCCAAUUGUUCUGCAUUUAUAGAUCCCUUUGCCGGUCCUUCUGCUCCCCCUGCAGACUGUAUGUAUAUGAAUUAAAUAAUUGUGUAUUGUGGUCGUCCUAACAAGCUUGAAGUAAAGUGGUUUACCGAGUC